AAAGACGACUCCGAGAAUGGUGUUUUCCCCGGAAGUGCCUUUCCUCCUGCCUGCUCUGCGCGGACGCGGCUUCCUUACCUCAUUUGUCGUCGCCCCUCCCCGUCCCUCUACGCGUUUUGGUUCCUGGUUGCUGCUUCCUGGUUGCAGCCGCGGCACAUCAGGGUUACUGACUUUCCAUGAUGUUUGGUGGCUAUGAGACUAUAGAAGCAUAUGAAGAUGACCUUUAUCGUGAAGAGUCAUCUAGUGAACUGAGUGUUGAUAGUGAGGUGGAAUUUCAGCUCUACAGCCAAGUUCAUUAUGCCCAAGAUCUUGGUAGUGUCAUCAGUGAGGAAGAACAUGAAGAAAAGAACUCUGGGUAUUCUGAAUCAUCAAGUAGUAAACCAGAUCAGAAGAACUUAAUUGUCCUUUCAGAUAGUGAGGUCAUCCAGCUAUCAGAUGGGUCAGAGGUUAUCACUCUGUCUGAUGAAGAUAGUAUUUAUAGAUGUAAAGGAAAGAAUAUUAGUGUCCAAGCACGGGAAAGUGCCCAGUCUCCUUCUGCUUCUCUUCAUUCUAAUGAGUUGGCUGAAAAGAAAUAUAAGAGUGAUGCUGAGAAGUCUAAACCUGAAGAAAGAUCAGGUGUGAUCCGAGAAGUCAUGAUUAUAGAGGUCAGUUCAAGUGAAGAGGAAGAGAGCACCAUUUCAGAAAGCGAUAAUGUGGAAAGUUGGAUGCUACUGGGAUGUGAAGUAGAUGAUAAAGAUGAUGACAUUCUUCUCAACCUUGUGGGAUGUGAAAACUCUGUUACUGAAGGACAAGAUGGUAUAAACUGGUUCAUCAGUGACAAAGACAUUGAGGCCCAGAUAGGUAAUAACAGAUCAUCUGGAAAGUGGAUACAACGAUACUAUUCAGCCAACAAAAAUGUCACCUGUAGAAAUUGUGACAAACGUGGCCAUUUGUCAAAAAACUGCCCAUUACCACGAAAAGUUCGCCCCUGCUUCUUGUGCUCUGAGAGAGGACAUCUCCUGUAUUCCUGUCCAGCCCCACUUUGCGAAUACUGUCCUUUGCCUAGGUCUUUGGGCCACAGAUGUCUUUUCAGAUAUGCCUGGAGAAAACAGUGUGACCGGUGUCAUAAGCUUGGCCACUAUACUGAUGCUUGCACAGAAAUCUGGAGGCAGUAUCACCUAACGACCAAACCUGGACCACCCAAAAAGCCAAAGACCCCUUCCAGACCAUCAGCUUUAAUGUAUUGCUACCACUGUGGGCAAAAAGGCCAUUAUGGACACGAAUGUACAGAAAGAGAAGUGUAUGACCCGUAUCCAGUAUCUCCAUUCAUCUGCUACUAUGAUGACAAAUACAAAAUUCGGAAGAGAGAAAAGAGACUAAAACAAAAAAUAAAAGCACUCAAGAAAAAUGGGGAUAUUCCAAAGCAUCUUGAGACACCCUAUACGGAAGCAGCAGAUGAGAACCCCCACCAUUAUAUGAGGAAGAGCCAUGCCUCGUGGAAAAGCAGCAAGUGGCCUCAAGAAGAUGAAGGGUUGCAAAAAGAAAGGAUGAACAAGACCAGAGACCAUGAAGGGCACAGGAAGGCCGGCAGACCUUGGGCCGUGGCUGAGGACUUUCCCAGGGGCUCAAAAACCCACUCUUCUGGCAGCUUCAGAACCCAGAAGCCUCACAAGUCCUAUCGCCAUUCAUUGCAUUCCCACAGGUCAAGAGAAGACAAGCCCCCCAAAGAGGGCAAGCGGGGCAAGCAGAAGAAAAAGGAGAGGCACUUGGAAGACGCUGACGGUGAUAAUUUGUUUCUUAUUAAGCAGAGGAAAAAGAAAGACCUAAACUGUAAGAAAGACAGCCUCUAAUAUGGCUUUCCAUCACUCACUUGGUCUUCAUGCCUGCAAUAUUCAGGCUAUAUUUUUUAUUAUCUAUGAGUAAAUAAAGUGAGUUUUUCUUUG